GAGCAACGCUAGUCUCCCUCGCAACCGUAACAGUGUUACGUAGGGAGUAGAAAGCGUUACCAGUUUACGAGRAUUAAGACUAGUGACUGACAGCUGUCAUCACGCAACACCACGAGUGAGUACUCAUUGCAGUGGAAAGGUCGCUAUGGCAGAGAGGACAGUUGGUUCACUUAGUGAUUCGGAUGAAAGCUACAGGCAUCCUGCAGUCCAUCCACCAAGUCUACAUCGUGUUGCUGAAAUCGCCAAAAGCUUGAAUCUUGAUUUGUCAGAUGAAGARCUYAARCAGUACACAGAUGCAAUGGCUUUAACCGCGGCGAGGUACCAAAAACUCUAUGAUCUAGUGGAACCYAAGCUUCCAGUUAAAUAUCCGCGAACACCUGGGUACAAGCCCUCKGAAAAAGAAAACCCGCUCAACGCAUGGUACUGGAAAUGUGACAUCAGUGGAUCGUCCAGUGGAAAACUCUAUGGUAAAACCAUAGCCAUAAAAGAUACCAUCCCCGUGGCUGGUGUUCCUAUGAUGAACGGAUCUUUGAUUCUAGAAGGUUUCAUCCCAGAUAUCGAUGCAACUGUUGUCACACGUGUUCUUGACCAAGGGGGACGAAUACUUGGAAAGUCGACUUGUGAGAAUUUGUGUUGUAGCGGUGGAAGUCUUACUGCAGCCACUGGGCCUGUCAUAAACCCUAUCGAUCAAAGCAAGAUGACGGGAGGAUCUUCCUCAGGGUCCGCUGUUUUGGUCGCUACCGGUGAAGUUGACAUGGCUCUUGGAGGUGAUCAAGGAGGAUCCAUACGUAUCCCAUCUGCUUGGUGUGGAAUUGUGGGAUUGAAGCCAACAUAUGGACUAGUACCUUAUACAGGGAUUUCACCGAUAGACUUGACACUGGAUCACACAGGACCAAUGGCAAGGACAGUUUAUGAUAYAGCACUUCUCCUUGAGUCAAUCGCUGGUGUGGAUGGCGAGGGUUUGGAYCCAAGGCAGCCGAGGGACCUCAAGAUACCAGAGUACACCAAGCAGUUGAAUGGCGAUAUUGAAGGUCUUCGUAUUGGUCUCGUUAAAGAAGGCUUUAAUCCGGAGCUUUCUGAGCCCGACGUAAACGAUCUGGUCCGAAAAUCAGCAGAACGACUUGUUGAAAUUGGUGCAGUAGUUGAAGAAGUKUCGAUACCAUGGCACAAUAAUGGUGAAGUCCUUUUCUUUGCUAUAAUCSAAGAAGGAAUGUUUGGAGGUUUAGGUGCGUCUGGAACGAGUGCUCUCAUGUACUACGACACCCACCUACAGCAAGCAACUGCUCGAGGACUGAAARCACACCCCAAUGAUCACCCAUCUCACAUAAACAUCAGGCGUAUUACCGCAAGAUACAUGCAAGAGGAAUAUAAUGGGAUAUUCUACAGCAAGGCACAGAAUUUACGACGAGAAUUGAAAAAAGCAUACGAUGAUGCCUUGCAGAAGUACGAUGUGCUCAUCAUGCCAACMCUUCCAAAGAAACCUCUCUCCCUCAAGAAAAAGGUUUACGAUAUUCUUCCAACUAACACCAGUCCCUUUGACGUGACCGGUCACCCUGCCCUUUCCAUCAACGCUGGCAUGUCAGAGGGACUUCCCGUUGGUAUGAUGAUCAUUGGUAAAAUGUUUGAUGAGUCUACUGUGCUCAAUGUGGCCUUCGCCUACGAACAGUUACGAGAUAAAAAGUACUGGAAAUGUGACAUCAGUGGAGCGUCCAGUGGAAAACUCUAUGGUAAAACCAUAGCCAUAAAAGAUASCAUCCCCGUGGCUKGUGUUCCUAUGAUGAACGGAUCUUUGAUUCUAGAAGGUUUCAUCCCAGAUAUCGAUGCAACUGUUGUCACACGUGUUCUUGACCAAGGGGGACGAAUACUUGGAAAGUCGACUUGGGGGAUAUUUGUUGCUGGUUAUGUGUUUUUUUGGGUUAAAAUCAGUCUUUCUUCUCUGCAGUCAAUCGCUGGUGUGGAUGGCGAGGGUUUGGAUCCAAGGCAGCCAUAUAACCUGAAAAUACCAGAAUACACGAAACAGUUGAAUGGCGAUAUUAAAGGUCUUCGUAUUGGUCUCGUUAAAGAAGGCUUUAAUCCAGAGUUUGAGCCCGACGUAAACGAUCUGGUUCGAAAAUCAGCAGAACGACUUGUUGAAAUUGGUGCAGUAGUUGAAGAAGUGUCGAUACCAUGGCACAAUGACGGUGAAGUUGUCUUUUUUGUUAUUUUCCAAGAUGGGAUGUUUGGAGGUUCAGCAUUGGCUGAUACCAGUGCUCUCAUGUACUAUGAUACACRACUAAAGCAAGCAACUGCUAGAGGAAUGAAGGCACAUCCCAAUGAUCAUCCACCUAMUAUUGAUAUGUGCCGUAUUGCAGCAAGAUACAUACAAGAGGACUACAAUGGGAUAUUCUACAGCAAGGCACAGAAUUUAAGACGUGAAUUGAAAAACGCAUACGAUGAGGCCUUGAAGAAGUACGAUKUGCUAAUCAUGCCAACCUUACCAAAGAAAGCUCCAACUUUCCCCCCUAAGAAUGCUACCUUGAAGGAGUUCCUCGGGAAGGCCUUUGAUAUGGUUCCAAAUACAUGUCCAUUCGAUGUGACCGGUCACCCUGCCCUCUCCAUCAACGCUGGCAUGUCAGAGGGACUUCCCGUUGGUAUGAUGAUCAUUGGUAAAAUGUUUGAUGAGUCUACUGUGCUCAAUGUGGCCUACGCCUAUGAACAGUUACGAGAUAAAAAGUGAAACAUUCCAGUGUGGUUAAAAAGGCUUUUAUAAGUAAAAAAUAAGUGCACUUUGCAUGCUUGAGAACGGAAAAAUAGAGAACUGAUAUAAAAUAAGCAUUGUAMGUUUUUUAACGAUAAAAGGCAUUAAAAGGAUAAUAUUCA